AUGAAGAAGGGACGUAUAGCAAGAGGAUACACGUCUGCAUCAUUUGCCAGUGCUCUUGCAGUCAUUUUCACACCCCAAAACGAAGUAUGGAGAUGUUUCGAUGUCAAGUCGACACUGACACUCGUAUAUGUCGACAAAAAAGCUCGUCAAACGCUUCAAACAUGGCUCGACGCAGUGGUACUCGAUCUCUCACUGGGAAAAGAAGCACUGCCGAUUCGAGUGCAGCUAUCACCAAGCACCACUUUCGACACGCAACUCAUUGCUGUCUUUAAACUGAUGAUGCCGUUCACUUACAUUACAUCCAUUCAACUCCCUCUUGCCAGCAUGCAGUACAAAUUACCACAAGACCUCUUGUCCAAGCAGCAAACUAAGAAACAAUGGAAACAAGUGUGUCAUGGACGACAAGUAAACGUCAGACUUGCAAAGUCCAUUGGUAAAGGAUGGGGUGUCUUUGCUACCGAGCAGAUUCGACAAGGGGAAUUUGUAGCUGAGUAUACGGGUGAACUCAUUUCAUCCCGAGACAUGCAACAACGUUAUCGAGAUUGUUAUGACCAAGAGGCACUGAAUUAUGUGUUAUCAUUACGGGAACAUGUAGCUAAACGAGAUCACUUGACAUUGGAUUUUGAUAUCGUACGGACUAAUGUGGAUGCAACUUAUAGUGGAAACUUGACUCGCUUUAUCAACCACAGUUGUUCAUCUAAUCUAGACGUAAAGGCGAUCCGAGUGGACUCGUACGUGCCGCGUCUGGCACUUUUUGCUCAAAAGUGCAUUGAAAAUGGCGAAGAAUUGACAAUUGAUUAUGGUGAUGGAAGUUUAGAGAAUGCAAUGAAUGGACAAGUUGAGACAAGAGGAAAAGGUCGAGCAUGUCAAUGCACAAGUCGCACGUGUCGAGGGUAUUUGCCAUUUGUAUUGGAAUGA